GACAACUGAGCGGCGUGGCGUGGCGACGCAACGCUGGCCGGCUGUGGCGGCGGCGGCGGUGGCGACGGCGGGGCGAAGCGGUCAGCCAGCCUCGACAGACACUGACUGACUGACUGACACGGCUCCGCUACAGUAGACAGGCGGCCGGCGGGCGGACAGAUAGACCCAGGCCGGCCGACCGGGCGGCGCAAUCACCAGCCACUCCGUAGUCCGCGCGCGCGCUGUCUCUCUCUCUCUCCCUCCCCCUUUCUUUCUCUCUUUCUCACUCGCACGCCCUCCCCUCUCCCUCUCUCUCACUCUCGACACUUUCCCCCCUCUCUCGCUCACUUCGUGCUCCCUCACGCUCCGCGCGGCUCCCGCUGUCAACUCCUCGUCACCGAGUAUUCCGAAAAUCUAAACGUCGUCGCGUAGCAAACACCGCCACCGCGCGCUGCCGCGGUGCGAGUAACCUCAUGGGUCUGCUGGUGACGUCACGCGUGCUGGGCGGAGCCUGCGCCAGUCACCGCCCAUCCCUUCCCCUCCGCUCCCCACCACUGCGCGGCCAGUCCAUUCGAUCACAGCGAGAGGGGGUUAAUACAGUGCUACGAGAAGCAUUUCCCCGACUUUUUCCUGACCUCGAAAUCACAGGACUGAAAUUUCCUCCUUGGUGUGAUGGAGUGGUGAAUUGCCCUGACAAAAGCCUGCCAGCUGAGAGAAGUGCACCUUAAAAACCACAGUUCAGUGAGCAGCGCGGAUGGAGGAGGAGGACGACGACACGCACCUGUGCCUCAAGUGCCGGGCGACCAUCACGGGGCUGGACAACUACGUGCAGCACCGCAAGGCGGGCUGCCCGCCGCGCCAGGGCCAGGAGCUGCGCGCCGACGACUUCUUCUCCUCGCUGGAGCUGCAGAGCUCCGCCAAAAAGGCCGCCGCCGCCUCAGCCACGCCCGGCACCGCCGCCGGCAGCAACGAGCGCGCCGGCCGCGACACAGACGAGGAGGAAGAAGAGGAGGAGUACAGUGAUGGCGAGGAGUUCGCGGACUUUGAGGAGGAGGGCCCGCCGCGCGGCCACACAGGCGGCAAGUGGCGGCCCAGCGCCUGGGCUGGGGGCGGCGCCGCGUCUCCCCUUCCGCCCCCGCCGCCGCUGGAGCCGCCGCCCUCAUUCACCGGCGGCAAGUGGAGGCCGCAGCUGUCACCCCAGGAACACCGAACGGGCUCACCUCCCCAUCACCAGCAAGAGGCUUCCGGUGGGAGCAGCACCAGCGGUCGGUGGCCAGAGACCGAGCAACCCAAAGAGCAGCAGCAGCAGCAGCAGCAGGCGAGGAGCCGCCAGGAGCCGGAAGACGACGACGAAGAGGAAGAGGGCGGCGGCGGUGGUCCACCGCCGGGGCACACGAGCGGCAAGUGGGUGCCCGGAGGCCGCGCGGUGCGCAAGCAGGGCAGCACUGUGCAGUACUGGUGCGGCGCCUGCUGCCGGCGGCUCAGCUCGCGCGCGCUCUACCAGCGCCACCUGCAGUCCGAGCUGCACUUCAAGCGCACCCUGCUCGAGCGACAGCUGGAGAGCAGCCGCCCGCCACAGCUGCAGCCGCAGCAGAGGCCGCGCGCCAAGCGGGUGGUGCGCCGCACCGCCGCCUACAUCAACAGCCACCUCUGGGCGCCCAGCAAGCGCCGCCGCCUGCAGGAAGAGGCAGACCGCCAGGCGGCAUCGCAAGUCGUGGCCCCCUCGAGCCCCCCGCCGCCUGCCACCACCACCGCCAAGCAGAGGCAGCACCAGCGCCAGCGGCACAAGCGGCUGGCGCAGUGCGAGGCGUGCCGCGCGCGGCUGCAGCGCCACCAGUGGGGCCAGCACCUGCUGUCGCACUACCACUGGCAGCGCGGCGCCGCCUCUGCGCCGCAGCUCCACCGCCAGCUGGUGCUGCGCCACAUGCCCGCCAUCGCCAGGCUGGCGCCCUUCCGCUGCCAGCCCUGCCACUUCUACUUCAACACUUCCCACAAUCUCGAGCAACACGUCCGCUCCCGUGAGCACCGUCAGCGCGACACAGAGUUGCAGGGCGACUACUGGUGCUCGCUGUGCCGCGCCUCGUGUGACAGCGCGGCCGCCCUGCUGGGCCACCUGCGCUCGCAGGCGCACGGCGAGUUGGUGGCGGCGGCCGCCGGCUCGCUGCCCGUCGAGGUUCGGCGCCGCCGCCUGCCGUGGUGCGCCGACUGCGGCCGGCGCUUCCAGCUGCGCGCGCAGGUGCUGGCGCACGCCCGCCGCCGCGGCCACUUCCGCGCGCUGCGGCUGAUGCAGAGGGUGGCCAGGCCGUGCCUCCGCAGCUGCGCCCAGUGCAGCCUGCGCUGCCAGUCGUGGGGCGAGCUUCAGCGACACGUCAAGAAGGCGCACGGCCGGGAGCUGUUCUUCUGCUCGGCGUGCUCGCUGGAGUUCGGCAGCAGCGCGGAGGCGCUGGCGCACCGCCGCUCCACGCGGCACCGCCACACGGCCAUCCAGCACCUGGCGGGCCCCCGCCGCUGCCACUACUGCCCGCUCACAGUGGACGGGCUGCCCAGCCUCCAGCAGCACAUCCGCGCCGUCCACCCCAACCUCAUGAGCGCGUGCGCUAUGUGCGGGAUGAAGUUCCCCCUGGCGCAGCAGCUGGCCCGCCACGUGCGCGACAAGGCGUGCACGUUUCCCGCGCAGGGAGCUGCUCCAGAGCAGAGCAGGCAGGAGCAGCCGGAAGCAGCGGAGGCGACGUCGGCCGUGGCAGAGGCGAACCCUCCUCAGCAAGUCGCCGAGGAACCUCAGCAGGCCCCAGAGGAGACGGCCGGAGCUCCGCCUCCCUCCGCCGCAGACCGCGACCGCGACCCGUUGUCCACGGCAGUCGCUGUCGAGUCCGAGGCAUCGGAGGGGCUGCUCAAAGAACACGCGUGCAGCCAGUGCCCCUACCGCUGCUCCACGCGGGUCGAUCUCUUAUUCCACACGGUGCUGCACGGCGCGCCGUCCAAGUCGCAGCUGCAGUGCCCCGAGUGCGGCGCGGUGGUGUCUAAGCGGGCGCUGCGCUCGCACCUGCGCGUGCACACGGGGGAGCGGCCGCUGUGGUGCGCCGACUGCGGCGGCGAGUACCCCAGCCGCGCCGCGCUGCUGGCGCACCAGCAGCGCGCGCACUCCAAGUUCGCGGCCGCCCCGGUCGCGCCGUGCGCCGUCUGCGGCUUCCGCGCCGCCAACGCCGUCACCAUGCGGCGGCACGCGCGCCUCCACGCGCCCCGCCCCAGGAACUUCGUCUGCGCUAAGUGUGGCAAGGCCUUCUACGACAAGACGACGCUGCAGCAGCACGAGAAGGUGCACUCGGGCAAGACGGUGCCCUGCGACCACGCCGGCUGCAUGUACCGCUGCCGGUCGCUCUCAGAGCUGGCCUUCCACCGCCGGACGCACUCCGACGAGCGGUCCUUCCACUGCGACGGCUGCAACUUCUCCACCAAGACCAAGUCGCAGCUCGUCCGGCAUGUGAAGAUGCACCUGAACGAGCGCGCGCACCGCUGCCAGCACUGCUCGUUCAGCUCGAGGGUGUCUUCCCACCUGCGCAGACACAUGCGGGUUCACACCGGCGCCAAGCCCUUUCGCUGCCCUCACUGUACCUUCACCUGCAGCAGCCUCGAAAACCUACGUAAACACGUACUGAGCACCGCGAAGCACCAGGGGAAGUACAUGUACCAGUGCCACCUGUGCGACUUCGGCUGCAACAUGGCGGCCGACUUCCGUGCCCACCUGGUGGUAGCGCACCCCAACGCCUUCCCCGACAGCGAAUGCGCCGCAUCGUACGCCACGGGCAUCUACCAGCGCGCCGACGACCCAGUCUCCGUCGACCAUCCACUCGAGCGCCAGCCGCGGAAGCGGAAGAGGCAGACCAAGUCGGUGGGCAGCUCUGAAGACCCGCCAGUGGUGAACCCAGCCGCACUACCCACUGUGCAAGAGCCUGAGAGCUGCGUCGCUUCUGGUGGAUCUGCCGACAACCUCAAACAGCUGCAGCCUGGUGAGCUGACUGCCCAGCCAGCCAAUGAAGAGGUCUCAUCUGUGAAAGUGAAAUCAGAGCCCACAACACUGCACUCUGACGAUCGGACUCUGUUGGAACCCGAGGAACAAACAGUGGUGCAGUCCCCGCCCAAAAGGAAACUGCAGUCCUCGACAUCGAAGUCAGCUACCUCAACAGCUUCAAACUGCUCACCGCAAGGGCUUCAGACAACAUCCCAGACGGCACAGGCGAAGCAUAGAACACACCUCGUGACUGCGACAAAGUUGGCAGCACAGCAUCCCGUUGGCAGUGUUCGACAACUGACUCCUUCGGUACCUCCCCCACUCCAAGUUUCUCCACUGUCUAUUCAGAUCCCAGUGGUACCGACGGUGACGACACAAAUACAACCUAAAAUAGCCAUUCCAGCCAUCAGAAAUUCUACAGCUGCUACAGCUGCGCGUCCACUGGUUGGAGUGUCUGUUCCUCAGUUGCAGACAUUUCGGGCCACAACUGGCUGUCAGGUGCCACAGCUGCUGGUACAGCCGGCACCAUUAGCAUUCAUUCUGUCACAGCCGGGCAACGUCCUUCAGAAGUCUUCAGCCAUCAUUCAGCCCAAGGGUACUGCUAGUCCAGCACUAGUGACAGUACGUGCCGAAAGUCCCAGGCCCCUGACACCUUCUGUGAUCCAGCUCUCACCAUCUGUCAUCGGUACUCCACAGCUACAGUUAGCAUCCAACGUUUCUCUCGGUAAAACAGUACGGCCUUUAGCCUUGACGACAUUGUCCUCAGUACCAGGAGCCAAAGAAUCUUUGAUCACUCCUGCUACGAUCUCUUCCAAAGCCCAGACUCAGGCAAAAUUUACAAGAAACGUUGUAGUAAAAUCUCAGUCACUUCAGAAUGCCGUCCAAUUAAAGAAAGCAACAGCAUCAGUUCCAGCAACAGGAAAAAAAUUUCCACCACUUCUGAGACCUGCUUUGGGUGUGACGCUCCAAAAGACAGCCCAGUCUUCAGUGACAGCUACAACAUCAGUGGCCUCGCUGACAACACAAAUGAGUGGAACGCCAAGUGAUCAUCGGGACUAUAUCAGUCAGACAAGGAGUGGCGUUGCGACGAUCCUUACCACAAUCGACAACGCGGAGCGUCCUGUCACGGCAUCAAGCAGUGAGACACAAGCGACCAGCAGCAUCAAAGUGGAAGACAGCGAUACGGCCGAACCAGCUGACCAGCGGUGACGUCACCAAGCUGCGGACAACCUCAUCGUGGGAGUGACGUUGUAAUGCGAAGUCCCCACGUCACGACGCAGGUCGCAAGAGUAUGUGCAGUGAAAGACAAUCCGUUGCUUUAUUUUCUUCGUUAACACGCGAGGAAAUGCGUCAGUCAGUACGAAACAGAAAUAUCUGGGAAACAGCAACAUAAUCAGUCGAGCACUUACUACAGCCGACAGCAGCGUGUAUUAGUUUUAUGUGAGCGAUAUUUCAAAUCCAGCCUGUCUUCUUAAAAAAGGAGACGUGAAGCUCCGCAAUGAAAAUAUCAUCGAUAUUAAAUAAACUUCGUUGAAAGGGAUUGGCUCUGUAAAUUUCUUCUUUUUUCGCAACUGAAGUCGUUGUUUGGAUCGGUCAUUUCUGCAUCAGAAACAGGGAAACUCGUGUGAUUUCCGUGGUUCAUACAAAAGAUUGACAAUUUCCGUCACUUCUCUCAGAAGCGGUUUUAUUUAAAGACACUGCCAUUUGCGUGAUUAGUUAGGUGUAAAAAGGCAUUCCAACAGAUUUGUUGGUGGAAGGCCAGAAAUACGACGCACUUAAGGAUUUUAAAUGAUGUCCUUCGCAGAAUACCAGUUAAUUUGGUUUAGAAUCACCAUUUAUAAUUCUUUAUUGAGAUCAGAUUUGCUAGAAAAAGACACUGGUAUUGGUGACAUUUAAAACCAAUUACUUUUCCCCAUUACAAAAAUUGUAAUAAUAAUUUCGUUGAUGCAAAUCAUUCACUGUGCGUAAAGGUUGAUAUAACGCUAAAAUCUUCCAGUGAUGAAAGUGCUGGAGGUAAUAAAUGAUUUUAUAUGACUAUAUUAAUGCUUUAUUAUUAAAAUAUAGGCUUUUUACUUGCAUUCAGUUGUCUGUGCUGAGUUAGUUUUAUACUCUGCUAGUCUGCAACAACACAGUCACUCUGAUGUGUGUUUCGAUCAAAAUGAUGCAAAAUUACCCACGAAAGCCACCAUAUAUCAGGUGUGAUGGGUCAUUUAAAUGCAGUCCUCUACGAAACCUGUUAUGUCACUAUGAAUUGUGUGACUUCCCGGUAUCCAAUAAACGUUAUUAUUAUUUGGCGCGUACACGAAACUGAGAACUGGACGCAAAAAUUCCGCUGACUCAGAGAUAUUAACGCGAGUAGGUGUACUUAGUAUAUCUGUUAUUAAAUGAAUCAGAAAAAUACAAAAAAUUAAGGUCUUGACAGUACUAUGUUGCAUGAAAUCGAAAUCUGGCUGAAAUGUUAGGUAAUUUUUCGUUACGUGUCAAAGGCAUUCAGUUAUAGGUUUUGUGUAUGCUGUCGAUCUACUAUCCAUGAAACUCAGAAGAUAAUUCGUGCUACAUCAGAAGAUACUCAGAACAGAGAUUUUAUUUAUGUUCGCUGCCAGAAAGUCUCGUUUGUCUGUUAUUGUGUGUAAAAAUGGGGGCAUAAGUUAGAAUGGAAGCGCGACAACAUGGCAUCAGUCAAGAAUCCAUUUCAUUCAUCGAUGAGCACAAGCUAUUGACCUUCGUUGUUUUACUACCUCGAUUCCUACAAGCAGCAGCUACCCCUUCCAUAUGAAAUGCUCUGGGAGGGAAGUAGGUGCAUAUGAAACAGCAGAUGUUUGAUUUUCAGGUAUCAAAACGUAGAAGUGUUAUAUAUGUAUCUGAAUGUCGUUCAAAAGACGUUGAUCAUUCGAAUGUGUGUUUGAAUUUACGAUAGUAAAUAUGGUUAUGAGGUAGUGGUAAACAGGUUUGUUUUAUAACGCACAGCCUUAAGAAAAGUGUUCAGGCGGAGGGAGUAAAGUUCGUUUGUGAAUAUCAGAGGACAACUCAGACUCUGUUCCGAAAUGUACAUCAUUUUGAUAUCUUCAGAAUUGCACAUCGUUGUUAAAAAUGCCGCUAGUGUUUAUAAACUCUGCUUUCAAAGUAAACACAAGUUAUUAUCCUUGAUAUUACCUGCGAAAGAAUGGAUUUUUGACGCUGUUCUCAUUUUCCCUGUUGUGGUUAAUCAGCAUUCGGGCAGAACUCCACGUAAUAUAUAUUCCAUCGCCGUCUUUGUAAUCUCUUUUAUUCAUAAUAGUAUAGUCUGCAUGCUGGCUGCUCAUAGGAACGCAUCUACUACAAAAAUUCCCUGAAGUCGUCACUGCAGUUGACAGUUACAAACAACUGCGCUUCAGCCUUUCUAGUACUGCUUCCUGUCUAAAGCUGUUUCUCAGAAGUGUUCCAGCGCUGGAAGAAGCAGUGGCCUUUCAGCUUCCACCGAGAAGACAUUCCAGUAGUGAUCAACAGCAAUGUACGCCGUGAUCCCUGUUACUUGUCGUCGUACGACUAUCGCCAACUAGCCGAAGUGCAACACAGUCCAAUUGAAAAUAACAUAACUACCUAUUUUGUAACAGUUCCACCUUUAAGUAUUGUAUCUUUCAUACUGCUCGUUAUUCAUUGCUAUGAAAUGUAGAAUUUUGUGAAUAAAACGUUUAAAUACAUUGACUA